UACACAAACGCAUUGUCACAAGCAUGAACAGUGUGUAUAUGUUUCGUACGCAAUCAAGGUUUUCUAUCAUCUGUCCUUGAUUAGUUGUGUUGGGAACUCCAAUUUUAAUAUCUUAUUUUAUUCAAUCGAUAUUCAAAGUUUAAUAACGUUUAAGAUUAUUUACCUUUUUCGAUAACAUAAGGUAGCGUUGAAGGUCAGAAGUAUGGUUAUAAGAAGAAUAUCAAGUGCUAAAGCCUGUGGUUAAUAAAAUGUUUUCUUGCUUUAGAAAUUGUUUUGACAAUUUUGGACUUAUUACAACUCAACAUGAACAAAAAAAAGAGGAAAACUUUAUUGCACUAGACACGAAUAAUAUGGGACAAGAAGUUGUUGUAGUAAAAAAUUUUGGCAGAGUUUGCGGUCGUGGUGCAGUAUUGGGAAAUGCUCCAUUAGUGCAAAGUAAAAGUUAUUUUGAAAUAAAAAUCCAACAAGAAGGCAUCUGGGGAGUAGGUAUCGCGACAAGAUCUACGGAUCUUGAUUCAACAAUUGGUGGAGCGGAUAGUGAAAGCUGGGCUUUAAAUUCUGAUGGAUUUAUAAGACAUAAUCAACAAGAAUUACACAAAAUUCAAAACUGUGCCCAAGAAGGAGAUAUUAUUGGUAUUUCUUUCGAUCAUGUUGAAUUGAAUUUUUAUCUAAAUGGAAAAUCGUUGGAAGCACCAGUGAUGGGAAUUAAAGGAACGACUUAUCCCAUUCUUUAUGUCGACGAUGGAGCUAUCUUGGACUUUGUUUUGGAAAAUUUUACAUACAGUCCACCUAUGGGAUUUGAAAAAAUUAUGUUGGAACAAUCGUUACUUUAGUGAAUUUCAUGCAUUUCUUUCCACAACAUUUCUCCCAAUCAUCCAUCCAUGUAUAGUAUAAUAAUAUGAUUAUUAAUCAUAUUUUUUCACACCUAAAGCAUAAUCAAUACCGAGGGACUAAAUCUUCAUAUUAAUUAAAAAUGUAUUUAAAUAUUAUUUGAUGCAUGUUAUUUUUAAAGUUCCUUUUCCUUUGGUAUUGCUGUUGAACAAAUUUUUCUAAUGAUAGUACACAAGCCCAGUGUGUAUACGAACUUAAUUUUAUCUAUUGAAUUGUAAUAUAAGAAAACAAUGUUAAUACAGAUUAAUGUUUGUCAAUAUAAUACAUAACUCUAUUUAAAAUGUAAUUAGAAUAAUUAUUUUCGCCAUAUGAAAGGAUA